GAUCUGCUUAAAAGCAUUAGCCCACCAAUGCAGGCAUCGUUCUCUGGCCGCAGCGCGCAGCCUGUUACAGGGCCUCGUUCCCUUCGGCGUGCGACGUUAAAUGUUCUUUGUAAGCAGUAUGACGCCUCCGUAAGGUAGACAUACGGGCAUUUAUGCAAUAUGUUGUGAAAAUGCUCGGCACUUCUUAAACUCCCUGCUCCCAUGUUCAAACGGGCAGAGUAAAGGGCUCGGUGAAGCGGGUGUUUAAAUACACAGCUGACUUCCAACACUUGCCAGAAUGGUAUCCAGGCGUGGCCUCAGUUACACGAAUUCGCGGGGAGGGCAUCAAUGUAAAAAACGUAUAUACCGUAGAACGCACAAUCUUGCGUAUGAACCACACGUCACAAUACGAGAUCGUUGACCUCACGCCGGGGCGAAAAGUGGUUUACAGCGCCGAGAGCCCGGUGCACACCGCUGUGCACCAGCUGCACUUCAUGGAAGACCCCUCGGACCGCAACUAUACGAACAUCCGAUACAUAAAGAAGCUGGAGCUGAAGAGCUUUGCCGGCGCGCUGCAGCCGCUGUUGUCAGGCGCGCUAAGCAAGAUCCCGGAGCAGGGCCUCAAUAACUUGGCUCGCCUGCUCAUCGGGCCCGACACGCCCCUGCGCAAGAUCCAGUUGGAGCCUGAGGAGGAGGCGGAGGAGAACCGAGCGAGCAGGGCCAAGGCGGCGCCUAGCAACUGGUCCUGGCAGUCCAUGUGGGACGGCCUGGGCUUAGGCCCCAUGCCCGGCAUGGGCCCGGGGCCCACCUCCCUGGGGGGUGCUACGGUGGUAGACACCUUGGGGUAUUACGCGAUCCUGGGGCUAGAUGUACGGCGGGUGGCGGCGUACGGUCCCGAGGAGAUCAAGGCGGCCUACCGCGCUAAAGCCAUGGAGAUGCACCCGGAUAAGGUAGCAGGGGGUGAUGCCGUCGCGCAGCAAUCCGCUAGCCUCAAGUUCCAAAGACUACAAAAGGCCUACAAUGUGUUGAAGAACCCCGACCACAAGCGCUUGUACGACUCAGGGGAGCUGAUUGAGGAGUUGGUCAAAUGAGUGAAAGGGCCUGAAGAGUGAAAGGGCCUGAGGAAGGGCAUCGGCAAGCUGAGGUACUGGGUUUGUCGAAAGCUAAUUGACAAAGUCGGCGGGUUGGGUGACAUAUAGGGUUGUCACUUUGCCAUGGAACGGAGCGAGCGAGAGGGAGUCCUGGCGCAUGGUGGGGGAGCACGAGCUUUCGGCAUUGCAGCGCUAUCAACUGGAAGACAAAGGGCGGCGCGUCAGAGAUACAAGGCAGGCUAUGGAAGAUAUACAUGGGGUGGGGCUUGUGCUUGUGUGAUCUGUCACCGGUUCUGUCAGGGCCUGGGUGGCGUUAGGCAUGGGAAGCUUGGGAAAGGAAAGCGGGCAAGGGAAGGGUGCAGCGAUCAUAACAGCAGCAAUGUCAGCAAGUAAUGUACGUAGGCGCGUAGUGACUGGCAGGUGAGUGGUGAGGAGUGGCAGUCGUGGCUGGUUUAGGCGGCAUUGUCAGUGUUUCCCGCAAGCAUGAAUAUAGACCGAUGUUUGUGGCAUGGAGAGAACAGGUCAUCAAGUCAAUCCAGGCAAUGGAUGUGACUUUGACGGGACAGCAUUUACAACCAUUUGCAGCAACAAGGGCAUGGUAAGCAGCUGAAGGAUGAAUGCCCACGCAGUUUUUAUUGAUGCAAGUCGGAAGGCAAUGGAUUUGAUUGGGGUUCGGCGAUGUAUGUUGUAUACUGAGCACAAUUUUGAGGCUAAGAUGUAUUUGUCAUAUCACAGCGAAGUAAAGCAAGUAUACAAGAGGUCUGGUUUAACGUGUACAGUUGGUUGGAUACCAACAUUUUGGUUACAUGUCAGUACAUAGAUUGGAAACGGCCCAUGGUGGUCUAGGCGUGCUGGAAUUGUAAGGAUUGAAGGUGAUAACGCUAGACGGCAGCAUCUUAUAACCCAUGUGCGACAGAAUACUCGCAGUCACUAUGGCAAGUGGGGCUUCGCUUAAAGAUAGAGGUGGUUUGGCGGAUAGUGCAGAGG